CUUGUUUCUUUAAAAAAGUUUUAUUUUGUACUGAUUUUAUCUCUAAUAAUGUCAACUGAUGUUAAUAUUAAGGAAUAUUGGCAUACAAAAUCUAUUGAUUCAGUGGCCGCUUCACUUUCUACAUCUAUAUUGACAGGUCUAUCUGAUAUUGAUCUUACUGCCAUUUACCAAAUUUAUGGAUACAAUGAAUUGAAUUCUGAUACUGGAUCAAAAUGGAUUAAGGUAUUACUUCAUCAAUUGGUUGAUGCUAUGAAUUGGAUUUUUAUUAUUUUUGCUUCUGCUUCUUAUGCACUUCAAGAUUAUGCUACAGGAACUAUGUUGGUGGUCAUUACUCUUUUAAAUCUUUAUUUAUCUUUUUCUCAAGAAUAUGCUGCUGAACAAACCUUGGCUGCUUUACGUAAUCUUUCUUCUCCUAUGGCUCAAGUGAUUCGUGAUGGAAAAGAAGUACAAAUAGAAAGUAGGGAAUUGGUACCUGGUGAUUUAUUAUUGAUCAAGGAAGGUGAUUCUAUUGCCGCUGAUAUUCGUUUAAUUUUUGUUUCAAAUUUGGAAGUCGAUGAAGCUCUUCUUACUGGUGAAUCUAUGCCAGUGGCAAAAUCUCUUACUGUCUUUGAAAAUCCAGAUGAACCACUUGGUGAUCGAAUCAAUAUGGCAUAUAGUUCCACCAUUGUGUCCAAAGGUCGUGGACAAGGUAUCGUCGUUGCUACUGGUAUGAACACGGAAAUUGGAAAAGUGGCAAAACAAUUGAAAGAUGCUGGUGACAAUGAUACCACUCAACUUCAAAAGGCUCUCAACAAGAUGUAUUUGGCUCUCAUGGCAAUCUCUGCUCUUUGCGUUAUCAUCGUACUUGCUACUGUCAAAUUCAAGGCUAACUAUGAUAUUGGAAUGUAUUGUAUGACUGCUGCAAUGUCUGUUCUUCCUGCUGGUCUUACUACUGUCUUAACAGUAAGUCUUGUAAUGGGUGGCAAAGAAAUGGCGGCUCAAAAGGCGUUGAUACGAAAAUUAAAAUGUCUGGAAACGCUAGGCUCCGUGACUAAUAUUUUUUCUGACAAGACUGGAACAUUGACAAUGGCAAAGAUGGUGGUAGUACGUUUUUGGACUUUGAACGAUGGUUUUUAUUAUGUGGAACCCAAUGGUUUAGCUCCGGAAGGUGAUGUUUAUCAUACUCAAGGGAUUGAUAAUACAAAGGAAAUCACUUUACAAGAUUCCAAGGUCGACAAGAAGGCAAUCAGUACGGAUAUGGAACGUUUGGUCCAAUGUGCAGCUUUGUGCAACAUGUCUAGUAUUCACCGACGUACCGGCAAUGAUGAUUAUACUAGUAACAAUAACACGGCUUCAGUUAGUACCAAGGCAGAAACUCGUGAUAAUCAUGAAAAGGUGGAUGAUGAAGUGACUGAUUCUGAUGAUUGGAUAGCAAGUGGUGCUCCUACUGAAGUGGCUUUACAAGUAUUGGCUCAUAAAUUCAAUAUGGGAAAACCUGAUCUCUUGGCAACUGGAUGGGAACUUUUGGCUGAACAUCAAUUCGAUUCUACUAUCAAACGAAUGUCUACUCUUUAUGUCAAUAGCGAUCAUCAAAUCAUGCUUUUCUCCAAAGGUGCUGCUGAACGAAUCAUACCUCUUUGUGUCAAUUUGAAAUCGGAAGAAGAAAAGGCUCAAGUGUUUACAACUGUGGAUAGAUUAGCUGAAAAGGGUUUACGUGUCAUGGCAAUGGCUUAUCGCUCAAUGGAUAUGUAUUUGGAAAAGGCAAAAACGACUUCUCGUGAUGAAAUGGAAAAAGAUUUGGUAUUUGUUGGCCUUACUGGUAUUUAUGAUCCUCCUCGUGCUGAAUCUCGUCAAGCUGUCAGUGAAGCUCAUCGUGCUGGUAUUUCUGUACAUAUGUUGACUGGUGAUCAUGAAAUUACGGCAACGGCUAUUGCAAAAGAAAUCAAUAUUUUGAAUGAAACAACGAUGUCCAAGGAAACCAUUCGAUCACUGGUGAUGACAGGUACACAAUUCGAUGCUAUGUCUGAUGAUGCUAUUGAUCAAUUGGAACGACUUCCUCUGGUGGUUGCUAGGUGUUCUCCUGAAACUAAAGUCAAGAUGAUUCAAGCUUCAAAACGACGACAAAAUAUUUCUGCGAUGACUGGUGAUGGAGUCAAUGAUUCACCUUCUUUACGUAUUGCGGAUGUUGGUAUUGCAAUGGGAAAAAAUGGAAGUGAUGUGGCCAAGCAAGCUUCUGAUAUUAUUCUCACGGAUGACAAUUUUGCUACUAUUAUUCGAGCUAUUGCGGAAGGACGACGUAUCUAUCAAAAUAUGCAACGGUUCCUCCUUUACUACUGGAUUUGUUUGGCUGGUGGUGCUAUUGUGGUUCUUAUUGCUCUUGUUGUACGUGAUCCUAUUGGUCAUUCUAUUGCUCCACUGUCUACCUUACAGAUGAUCCUUAUUUAUAUUUCUAUUACACCACCAUCAGGCGUUCUUAGUAUCCAACCUGCUUCCAAGACAGUAAUGCUUGAACCUCCUCGGCCUUCUGGUGAAAAUUUAUUCAACAGGGAAAUCAUCAUGGACACAUUGACGUAUUCUAUAGCAACAGCGAUCAUUUGUGCGGUAUCCUUUUUUGUGCCUCUUUAUUCUGGUAUGAGUGGUCCAAGUGGAGUGAUUGGUGUGAACUGUGACUCUGAAUAUCAAUCUGGACUCUGUGAUUCUCUUUAUCGUAGCCGUGCAUCCUUAUUAGCGACAUACUUGUUGGCAUCUCUGGUAACAAUGGCUCAUUGUCGAAGUUAUAGGACUCAUGAAUGGGGAAUGGAUGGCAUCAGAAAAACAUUGGAUUCACGAACAUGGAUUGGUACACUGGCAUUUGAUGUUCUUAUUUUGAUGGUCUUCUUUUACGUACCAGGAGUAGCUGUCAAAGGAUUCCGACAAUUGGGUAUAUCUUGGGAAUGGGGACUUGAUAUUGGCCUUGUGAUUCUUUAUAUUGGCUUUGGUGACUUUUACAAAUGGUGUAAAAGACGAUCUAUGAAACCUGUUGGUUCAGUGACAUCCAAUAUAGUUUAGAUUAUUUAUAUUUAUUUGUAUUAUAUUGUAUGUUAUCAAUAAACUUUUUUUUUUUUUUGUAUGCAUG